CCCUCCGGCCCAAGGGGGCGGGCUCUGCGGGCGCGGGGUCCAGACUCGACCGACUCCCGGCCGUACCGCGUCUCGACCGCCGCUGCCGCCCUUCUCCGGCCGUUCCCUCCCAGCAAGCGGACGCAGGGAACCGAGGCCUGGCGUGCGGGGUGCCAUGGAAGAUCGCAGGCGGGAGGACGCGGCGGGAGUGGAGACACUGGCCGGCUGAGGCCGAGGCAUGCGGAGCCCCGGAGGGAACCUGCUCCACACGCUGCCCCGGGCCUUGCAGCACGCCGGUCGGCCGGGCGGCGCAGAGCAGCCGGGCCGCUGGGCACCACCAGAGCGGACUGCGGGCGGGGACUGCCCGGAGGACCGCCUUCCCCGCGGGGGCGGGGCCAGCGCGGCGGCGGCGGCUGCGGCGGCGGCGGCGGCGGCCUCGGGCGCCCUGCUCGGUGCCUAUCUGGAGCGCCACGCUCCGCCCGCGGCCUCGGACUUGCCGGCGCCGGCCGGGGCGUUGGCAGGCGGCCCCGGGAGCGGCGGCGGCGGCGGCGGCGUGGUGGUCGGGGUGGCCGAGGUGAGAAACUGGCGCUGCUGCUGCCUCGGCAGCACCUGUUGGUGCCGAAGCCUCGUGCUGGUGUGCGUGCUGGCCGCCCUGUGCUUCGCUUCCCUGGCCCUGGUCCGCCGCUACCUGCAGCACCUCCUGCUCUGGGUGGAGAGUCUCGACUCGCUGCUCGGGGUCCUGCUCUUCGUCGUGGGUUUCAUCGUCGUCUCCUUUCCCUGUGGCUGGGGCUACAUCGUGCUUAAUGUGGCGGCCGGCUACCUGUACGGCUUCGUGCUAGGCAUGGGGCUCAUGGUGGUGGGCGUCCUCAUCGGCACCUUUAUCGCUCAUGUGGUUUGCAAGCGGCUACUCACUGCCUGGGUGGCCGCCAGGAUCCAGAGCAGCGACAAGCUGAGCGCCGUUAUCCGCGUCGUGGAGGGAGGAAGCGGCCUGAAGGUGGUGGCACUGGCCCGAUUGACUCCCAUACCUUUUGGGCUUCAGAACGCAGUGUUUUCGAUUACUGAUCUCUCCUUACCCAACUAUCUGAUGGCAUCCUCGGUUGGACUGCUUCCGACUCAGCUUCUGAAUUCUUACUUGGGUACCACACUACGGACAAUGGAAGACGUCAUCGCAGAACAAAGUGUUAGUGGAUAUUUUGUCUUUUGUUUACAGAUUGUUAUAAGCAUAGGCCUCAUGUUUUAUGUGGUCCAUCGUGCUCAAGUGGAACUGAACGCAGCUAUCGUAGCUUGUGAGAUGGAACUGAAAACCUCUCUGGUUAAAGGCAAUCAACCGAAUCCCAGUGGCUCUUCCUUCUACAACAAGAGGACCCUCACGUUUUCUGGAGGUGGAAUCAAUAUUGUAUGAUUCUUACAAACUGUGAUUGCUGAGAUCCUAGUAGCUGUCCAGGCCUAGCAGUCACUUACCUAAUGGCAGAGACAAGUGCUGUUGUAUUAUGGCACAAACAAAACUGACUAGUUUUUAAAUUGCACAAUUUUCUAAAAGCAAGAAUCAUUUUCUGGGUCUGUAAAUGUAACUGUAGCUGCAGCUUUGGCUGCCCUGUGUUAGACCUGUAAUGGCCUAUAGGUGUGCACUUUAGUGUUUUUGAAUUAUUUUAUUGCUGGGACUUAUAAGCAGAGAAAUAACCCAAAUAUUUUUUUUCUGUUUAGUAUCUUUAUUUAUAAAGCCCAUGAAUAGUUGUGUGCAUCUGUCUUUAAAGAUGAGUAAAAGUAUACAAUUCUCAAUGGAUCAUUGUUGGAUGUUCUUUGCAUUCUGUCCAGAGGGGAAACUGUUUUGUUUAUUGUUCACUUGUUUGUUCCAAGCAGAAAAACUGCUUUAUUUUCCUUGCUUGUAAGAAAAUAGCUAUAUUUCAGUUGAAUGUAUGUUAUCCAGCAUUAUGUGACUGUGGGUCAUUUACACCUUUCUGUACAAGUGUAAAUCCUACAUUGUGGGACUGAAGUGCUCUUAAGACCCCUUUUAUUUUCACUGUGUAAUAUGCAAAGUAAAAGGGACAUUAGUUAGCAGGUGGCUCACAAGUCGAGCCUGCAUUCUUAUUUGAUUAUAUUGGUUUCACCCUUUAGACCUCAUCCAAGGGCUGUCCGAUAGCACUCUUACCAAACCAUUUCCCCCUUUUAUAUUAAUAAUUAGGCUUUGAAAUAAACAUAUUAUUCCUCUAAAAUGCUGGGCUUACCAUCUCUCAAGUUGUCAUUCAGGUGGCCUUGUUUAGUCAAAACGCCUUGUUAAAAAGAAACAAGCUUUAAAAUCAUGUUUAUAGUUUCAAUAAAAUACAUAUAUAUACGUGUAUAUAUGUAUACGUAUACGUAUAUGUAUAUGUAUAUAUAUAUCCCCAUUGCUUUCAGCUUUAAAACUAUAAACAUUCACAAAAAGCCCACAUUAGUGCUGUCUGUUGUAUCAUUGCUGUUUUGUUUAGGGCUUUGGUGUUCCUUUUCCCUGAUAAGACUCAGGAAUUCUGAGAUGUGAAGUUGUCUCAGUUCUUUCUCUUGUAGCGUGUGUCUGCUAACAGCACUUAGGACUUAGCGUACAGUAAUCCAACAUGAUUUGUGUGCUAGGCUCUCAUUUAUCAGCUUUACUUGUUAAGUAGUUUAAUUGCAAACUUAAUGAUUAAUUGAUUUUGUUUGUGACUAGUGAGACUGUAGUGAUACGGUAACGUUUUUCUGUUAAGGACUUCACUUUUCUAUGACUGUUCCAACCUAUCUGCGCUCUCUCCGCUGCCUUUUCCUGGCAGUAAAACCUUUGCCCUGGUUACUGCUGACAUAGAGAUUAAUCCUGUGUGAGCAGAUCUUUCUAGUCUGAACACCAGAGAUAAAUUUGAUAGUGUUCACACACAAGGUUUUGGCCCAGUUCAAGUGAGUUUCCUUCCCUUCCUGAUGGGUAAAUUCCUUUGUCUCUGAGUAGCAGUAGAAGACCAGAGUAAGUAUGACCAAAGGCACCUGGUCUACAGUGCAUGCCUGGCCUCCAGACCUUUGUCAUCGGUAGAAAACCAAGUAUAUAUACUGAGUCCUUACUGCCUGUUAAAUUUUACGUUUUAUUUAGUUUAACCAUCCUAAUAAAGGAAAUAUUUGAUUUAUUCUUUUUAGUACAACUUAGCAACAUUUUUCUUGUGUUUCUCAUUGGCUAUUUUUUGUUAAAGGAAUCUUUAUUUAAGAUCACUGUUUUCAUGCUUGUUUUACAGUCCUUGUAUUUCGAAGUGCAUUAUAUUUACUUAGCAUUUGUAACUUGAACGACUUCACAAAAUGAGUACCUUUUGGUAAUUUGUAAUAACUUCUUCCAAAUGUUAACACUUUCCCUGGUAAUUGUAUUACAUAUGUGAAGACAAAAGAAAUAAUUUUCUGUAUUCUGCCAAUCAUAAUUUUAUAUAAUAAAUCAUCAACUUUUAUAAUAGUAUGGAUUGACAAUUUCUAAAGUACUAAUGUAGUUAUGCUUUUCCUUUCUUUAGCAGCAGUUCAUUAUUGCCAUGUUAUUUGAUAGGUGCAUCUGGUGUCUGGGUUAUAUUUAUAUUCACUGUAAUCUGUGCAGCAUAGCUGUGCCAUGUUCUCUGUCUCUAACCUGCAGCCUGGGCUUGCAGCAGCAGCAGUUCCCAAGUAGUGCACUGGGCAUGCAUUGCCUCCAGCCAUAUGUAUUCAGGAAAUGCAUAUUCAUAGGAAUGAAAUGCGGUGUCUUUGCAUUGGUUAACUACAGUCUAAAGUUGCUUUAUAUUCAUUUAGAGUCCACCUCUUUUUCAAUCUGGUUAAAAUUUUGUUCUAUUUUUCCUAAGAUGGCUACUUUGACAAAUUUGCAUUACCUCUUUUUAAAACCCUGUUUAUACUGUGCUUUUAUGUCAUUUUUAUUUGAUCAUCUGAUUUGUGAAUAAUUGAAAUCUGUACUCAGUGAGAAAUCAUGUUAUCAAGUCUCUGUUGUUAGAAUGUUCAUUCUCAGUUUAUAUUCAGAAGUGAAUGGAUGUGUUCAGAGUCCGCCAUACUCCACUGUAACCAGCUGCUAAUGAUGCACAGUGGCUUUCCCCAGUUCAGUUUGUUUGCCCUCACUGUCAACAAACUACAUGGUUGAGGCACACUUGUUCCCAGCAUCACCCCUCUUAACCUGUGGUGGUGAUUCGGACUCUUCCUGGGGAAGUUACUAUGACUUAAAUUUGUUGUCUGUGAGACUGAUCUUUCCAGUUCUUGAAAGCUGCUAGGUGUGUGCCACAUUGGUGCAAAUAGAUCCUCCCUGUGUGGCAGAAGAAUACCAUUUAUAGAAAAGGAGCAUUGAAGAAAAAAAGAGGCUUAUUGUGAAGUCGGACGACAACUGUAACUGGGUCGAUGGCCUUGGUGCUGAGAUUAUGUCACAGCUGAAGGCUUCUCCCAGGCUCGGAAUGAUCCAUGGAAUAGUGUCUGGAUCCUCAGAGUAGAUGUUUCUGGUUUCUCUUUUAAUAAGGUAUUUAGGAUAUAUAUUUUUAAAGUUAAUUGCUUUAAGCUGAAAAGCCAUUUAAAUGGGGAGAGGAAUGACUCUCUCAUAGGCUAUUUAAAACUCAGGAGUUCAAAUAAACUCACAAAUUGAACAGACACUGUUGACUUUGCAACUGAAUUAUGAUCUGGUACGUCUGAACUGCACAGUGAUUGCCGCAGACUGUUCUCAAAGGUGGCUGAGAUUCACGGUAGUGAAUUCUAAGGGCAAAGCAGUUACAAUGUCUUGAAAAUUGGUAUCCCAAAUCACUUGUGUGCCUAAGAAAAUAAAAGGAAAUAUUUUAUUUUU